AUGAAUGGUGGUCGGUGCAAUUUGAAUGGCAGUUGUGUAUGUACAGAUACUUGUUUUGUCGGUGAUUUUUGUGAAAUUAAUUAUAAUGCUGCACGUUUACCGUUAGCAGGAGCGAUUGUACAAGAUUAUCCAUCAACUCGAGAUGAUUAUAUUGCAAUAUUUGUUUUAUUAUCUUUAGUUGGACUAAUAAACAAUAUAUUUUCAUUGACAACGUUCGUACGCGAACGAAUUCGAAUAACUGUAUGGGGAAUUUAUUUAAUUGUCUUUUCUUUACUUAGCAUUGCCUUAAUGCUAACAAUUCUUUCAUAUAUUAUGGUUAUUGUUCGAUAUGAUAAUGAUACAUAUCGAUUGUUGGCAUGUCAUGGAAUACCGUUUGUGUCAUUGAUCAUGAUCGAUGGAAGUAUUUUCUGCACAGCAGCGAUUGCUGUUGAACGUGUUUUGAUUGAAUGUUGGAAUUUUAGUAUAAAUGGCUCACGUUGGCGAGCAUUGUGCAUUUCAAUUGGUAUUAUUAUCUAUGCUUGUGUGUCGAAUUUAGACGAUAUUUUCAUUCGAGAAAUUACCUUUGAUCCAGUUGGUAAUCCUGUUUGUACGUAUAAUUUUGAUGGACAUCCAUUUUGGCGCCCGUUCGAUAUUGUUUUCUCAUAUGCUCAUGUGAUUAUUCCAUGUGUGAUACAUUUGAUCUGUUCGAUAUGUGUUUUAACAACGAUUGCACGGCGGAAAAUCUUUAUUUGUAGUACGGAAGACAAAUUGUAUCAAGUCUGGUUUCGACAAUUAUUUAUUCACAAAGAUUUCCUCAUUCCACCUGUUUGUUUGAUACUUUGCGUACUCCCACAUGGCAUUUUAGGUCAUUUACUUCAAACAUGUAUACCUUAUUCGGAUAAAGCAAAGCUUCGUCUUCAUAUUGCAUUUGUUCUUUUACUUUACAUUCCACAAACAUUGACGUUUCUCUUAUAUAUUUAUCCAAAUGAUAUCUACUGGAAAGAAUUUCAACAGACAUUUAUCUAUCGUUCGAUGUGUUGGUAUUGCAUUCGCCGAAAACGAAAAUUAAGAGAAGAUAGUGAGCUACGAUCGCUCGUACACACAUCAACAUCAUCGAAGUCAACACUUAGUGUAGAACAGAACAGUUCUCUACGAAAUUAG